CUGAAGACCUUGGGAUUUGGAAAGUUGUAAACAUUCGCACCAAGUAUUGAAAGGUUUCAAAGAGAUCCACAUACGGAAAUUGCUUUAUUUUAAAUUUUCUCAUUACCGUCAUAUUUUUUUCGUGGUCAAUCCUACACUAUGGAAGAAUCUUACCGUCCAUCAGCAAGAGAGGAUACGUCCUUCCAGGCCAAUGACAUACCUGAAUCUCCUAGCCAGCAACUUCAUGAACAACUUGGCCAUGGUUUUCAAGAUAAGAGAAUCACAUUAAAUAACCUGGCUGCAGAAAUUGAAGCUCUCGAGAGGAAAUUGCAGGAGAGACAACAAUAUCAUGCUGCCAUCGCUGCCGAAAACGACCGAUUACUUCAUAGUGUUUUAGAGGCAAAAAAAGCAUCAAUCGAAGAAUACAAGAAAGAAGAAACAGAGAUAGCAGAGGAGGUUGCCGCCCUUAGGAAGCAUACAAAAAGUUUGAUGGCCACAAUCAAGUGUGAAAAAGCAGUCUCGCUCUCUAAUCUGUCAAUGUACGAGGAUACAGUUGGAGCUAUGUGUAAUCUCUUCCUGGACAAGCGCAUGUCCUAUGAACUACACGAGGUAGAAGUGGCAACCCAAGAUUUAGAACAGUUGAAAAUUGACAAUCAUGGAAGUAUUGGCGUCAUCCAUGAAACGAUGCAAGAAACAAUGACAAAAAAGGAGGCUGUACACAAGGCUUAUUUGGAGAUGGAAGAUGCUAUUUUCAAACCAUCCCAGCGACUAAUGGAUGAGUAUGUGCAACAGACUAAUUGUAAAUACCUUGAAAAUCAGAAACUCAGUGAAAAAAUUGAAAACAUUGAAUGCUACCUGAGAGAUCAAGAACCCCUCUGAUCGAAUUCCCACGAGACUCAAAAAUUGCACUUCUGUAAAAUUCUUAACGAAUCAUAUCUACUUGUUUUAUUGCUAUAGUUGUCAAAUUUCCCACAAAAUCAGUUUUCUCCUCUAUCAAAAAUUAUUCAGUUCCAGCUUAAUUAAUGGCUUCUUUAAUUUCAUUCACUUCAAAGAGAAACAGAGGACAGCUACUGCAAUUUUUAAUCAAGAUUUGUUGAAGUUGUAUUUUAAAGAAAUCUCCUCUAGAUUAAUUUUAUCCGAACUUUUAUAAAUUUUAAGCGUUAUAACUAAAAUGAAAAAUUUAACCUUUGACUUAAAUGACCUUUUAUCCCAAAUAAACAAUUCCUUUUGAA